AUGGAUUGUGUUGUGGUUUCAGACGACGAAAAUGAUGUAUUCGAUGACCUUGAACUCACCACUGCUGCCGAGCAAUUCGAACAAGGACGAAAUUAUUCAAUUAAUAAAACUAAUGAAGAUAAUGAAAUCGAUGCUAUUGAUUUAGAAAUAUUAGAAAUCGAUGAAGAAAUUGUUCGUCUUCGUCAAAAACGUUCGCAAUUAAUUGAACAAAAACAAAAAUUAAAAGAUUCAAUUAAAAUAAAUCAUCAAUCAACAUUAAAUACUAAUUUAAUUGAUCAAUGGCAACGAACAGAUUUUUCAUGGAGUUCAAAGGUUGAAAAAACUCGAACAGAAAUUUUCAAAAUAAAUUCAUUUCGACAAUGGCAACUUGAAACAAUCAAUGUUACACUAUCUAACUAUGAUUGUAUUUUAAUUAUGCCAACUGGUGGUGGUAAAUCAUUAUGUUAUCAAUUACCAGCAAUUGUAUCCGAUGGUAUAACAAUUGUUGUUUCACCGUUAUUAUCACUUGUUGAAGAUCAAGUAUAUGCAUUAAAAAAUUUAAAUAUCGAUGCACGUGCAUUAAAUUCAGCAACACCACGUGAUGAACAAACAGAUAUUAUGCGUAUACUUGAUGGUAAAGAUACAAUAGAAUCAACAUUAAAAAUUCUUUACUUAACACCAGAAAAAAUUGCAAAAAGUAAAACAAUAAUGGUGAAAUUACAGAAACUCUAUGAAACAAAUAGAUUUACAAGAUUAAUUGUUGAUGAAGUUCAUUGUGUUUCACAAUUUGGACAUGAUUUUCGACCAGAUUAUAAAUAUUUAUCAAUAUUUAAAAGACAAUUUCCAAAACUAUCUAUAUUAGGUUUAACAGCAACCGCAACAAUAAAAGUUAUUAAUGAUGUUAAACAAAUUCUUAAAAUUCCGAAUUGUAUUUUAUUUCGAGCACCAUUUAAUCGAAAAAAUCUUUUUUAUGAAGUCUUACAUAAAUCUGAUGUUGGAAAAGAUGCUUUUCAUGAACUUGUAAAUUGUAUUCAACAUCGAUUUGAUCAACAAUCAGGUAUUGUUUAUUGUUUAUCACAAAAAGAUGCCGAAGAGGUAUGUAGAGAAUUACAAAGACACUGCAUCAAAGCUGGUUGUUAUCAUGCUGGUCUUUCAGCUCUUUCUCGUACUCAAGUUCAUUCUAAAUGGCUUCGAAAUCAACUUCAUGUUAUCUGUGCAACAAUUGCUUUUGGAAUGGGUAUUGAUAAACCGGAUGUACGUUUUGUCAUACAUCAUUCAUUAAGUAAAUCUAUUGAAAACUUUUAUCAAGAAAGUGGUCGAGCUGGACGUGAUGAUAAACAAUCAUAUUGUAUUCUUUUCUUUCGAUUUGGUGAUGUAUUUCGUUUAGCACCAAUGGCAUUUUCCGAUAAAUCUGGUAAUGGUCUUAAAAAUCUUUAUUCAAUGAUCUCAUAUUGUUUAAAUGAAUCACUAUGUCGUCGAAAAUUAAUUGCAAAAUAUUUUGAUGAAGUAUGGCAAUCACAUGAUUGUAAUCAUAUGUGUGAUAUAUGUACUCGACCACCGACAUACAUAAGCAAAAGAAAUUGUCGUGAAGAAGCAUUAAUUAUAAUUGAUUAUUUACAAAAUCAUGACAAACAACGUAUAACACCAUUGAAAUUAGUUGAACAAUUAACAAUAAAAACAAUGAUUAAAAUCGAUAUUCAAAGACUUAUUCUUCAAUUAAUUAUAGAUGAAUAUUUAAAAGAAGAUUUUCAUUUUACAUCUUAUACAACAGUGUGUUAUGUUAUACCAGGAUUAAAAGCAAAAUAUGUUCAUAAUGAAAAUUGUGAAAUUAUAUUAGAUAUGAUUGAAAGUACGAAAAAACGAUCAUCGAAUACAAAUAAAAUUGAAGAAAAACAAAUUGUUAAAAAAACAACGAUGAUAUCAGCACUACCCGAAAUUCGACCUAAAUUAAAAUGGGCUACCAAUAUAGAUCUGAAAGUUAAAUUCGAUCUUUCAAAAAAACGAACCUUAGAAUAUGAUGGGGAUGAUGAUAUUCAUAAUGAAGACCAAAGCGAAAAUACUCCAUCAUUAAAACGACGAUCGCCGGCUAUAAGUCAAACGGAUGAAAUAAUAACACCAAGUCAUCCAUCAGUAAUUGAUGAUGAAGAACUUGAUUUUUUGUAA